AUGGUCGGUGGUGGAGGCGAUGCUCCGCCACCACCUCCAAUAAACGGCGGCGAGUUCCUUCUCCACUUGCUAAAAAAUCCACCUCAGCAUCCCCGUUCGCACUCCCAACCACCACCACCACCACAACCUUCACAAGUACUCCCUCAAGAUCCGGCCGUCGCCGCGGUUGGUCCGUCGAUACCUUUCCCGCCACAAUCAUUCCCACCACAUGGUACCGAUUACCUCUCCCCCUCCCGUUCUCCGCUUUUCCCGCCUCAUAAUUACUUCAAUCAAGGGUUAGGGUUCCCCCAAAACCCUAAACCUAAUCCCAAUCUGAAUCCAAAUCUUAUCAAUCCAAAACCCAAUUGGCACUUGAAUUUCAUGCAGAAUCACCACCAAGUAAGCAACCAGGGCGUGUUUGAUGAUCUGUCAAAACUUGGACUUAUUUACGGCAACAACCAGCAGCAGCAAGAUCGACAGAACAAGUUCAUUUUUGGUACUUUGCAAUCUGAUAUUCAAAGCUCUAAAGUGUCGAGAAAUGGUAAUUUGGAUUACGAUCUUGCUAAUAUUGAGAAACAUUUAAUGAAGGAGAGAGAACUGAGUAUGGGGAAUAGCAGAAUGAACGGUUCAGAGGUUGAUCUCCAUCGCAAUGCUGAGUUAAGGCAAAAUCUCCAAAUCAGUUCAUUGGAGUUCGGUAAUUAUGGAUCAAAGGGAGCUUCUUCUCAACAGCAAGUGAGGCGUAUACCACCACCAGGGUUUUCGAGCAACCCAAGGAGUGUAUGCAAGAGGAAUAUGGAACAGAGUAUGGAUAGGGGAAAGGGUAAUCACAGAGAUGUUAUAAGUUCAGGAGAAAGAUUGCACAGUGGGGAAAGAAGAGGGCUUAUUCAACAGUUUGAUGACCCAGGUCCUUCAAGAGGAAGUCAUCUUCAUUCAGUUCCUGCUACUGAUGUUGAAGAGUCCUUGAUGACAUUACAUGCUAUGGAUGAAAAAAAAUCAAGAAACAAUGACAUUGACUCGAGGGAAUUGGAUGAGUGUGAUGAACAUCUAGAUAAUUUACCUCGGCCGCAACAGCAACAACCACCCUGGCCAUCUCAGAACCUGAAGCUACGUGAGGGGCUAUUCCCAGUUGGCAUUAGGAAACCGCCAUUGGGGGUGAAACUUCUUGGGGGAGAUGUUAUUAGAGAUGAUAGUUUCAUUAGCAGCUUAGCCAAAAAGAGAGCUGAAAGACUGUGA